GUGGCAGAGCUGGCACCGUCGAGAUGAGCUGUGAUCGACGGUGAGUGGUAGAUGGGGCUAUGGCUGCUCGUGGAUGAAUAGCACUCCGCGAGAUCGAUCGAUCGAUUUAGCAACUUAGCUCCCGAUCGAGGCGAUCGCCGGGAAAAAGCGAAGAAUGGAGGCAUCCGCGACAGUAAUGGUUCAUACAAAGGCUCGGGAAUUCAGAUGCUAGGCGCCAUCGCAACACAAGAUUCCUCUUCCUCCUCCUUCUCCUCCUCCUCCUCCUUGAUUCUUCCUUCUAGAUGUAGGACGCCAUAUUUCGAUCGAUCCAUCCAUGAAGAGCGCAUUUAUGGUGAGCCAGCACCGAUUGAUCACGCUGUGCGUCGCGAUAAUCUGCCUCCUCCUCACGGCGCUCUACGGCUCGCUCCCGAUCCAGAUCACGCUAGGCAGGAUCGCCAAGAGCAUACGCUCCGAGUCUAGGCUGGGGAUCUCCAGGACGAGCGGCAAGAACGCCAAGCUCAAGGUUUUCAUGUACGAGCUCCCCAGGAAGUACAAUUUUGGGCUCUUCGACAGGGAUGGCCCGGCGCAAGAGAUCCCGUGGAAGAAUCUCAGCAAUCUCCCCGGGCCGCACACCCAGGGAUUGAAGAAGCAGCACAGCGUCGAGUACUGGAUGACGCUGGAUUUGCUCGACGAGGGGGGGCGAGAAUUCCGAGCCGCGCAGCGAGUGAGCGAUCCCGGCGAGGCGGAUGUGUUCUUCGUGCCAUAUUUCGCGUCGCUGAGCUUCAAUGUGUUUGGGGUGAGCAUGAGGGAUCCAGAGACCGAGCACGACAAGAAGUUACAGGUGGGGAUGAUCGAGUAUCUCAGCAAAUCACCGUGGUACCAGAGGUCUGGGGGCCGAGAUCACGUACUCGUACUCCACCACCCAAACGCGUUCCGGUUCCUCAAAGACCGCCUCAACUCGUCGCUCUUGGUGGUGGCGGACUUUGGGCGAUUUCCCAAGGGUGUCGCGGCGCUUCACAAGGACGUGGUGGCGCCUUACAGCCAUAUGGUCCCGACUUACAAUGGCGAUGAUGGGAGCGAUCCAUUCGAGGAGAGAACAACGCUGCUCUUCUUCCAAGGACGAGUCAAGCGCAAGGAUGAUGGUGUCGUGAGGACUCAGCUGGCGGCCAUUCUGGAGAACCAGCCGCGCGUCCACUUCGAGGAAGGAAUCGCCACGAACUUCACUGUAGAACAAGCCAUGCAAGGCAUGCGGAGCUCCAGGUUUUGUUUGCACCCAGCCGGCGACACGCCUUCCUCGUGCAGGCUCUUUGAUGCGAUUGUAAGUCACUGCGUCCCUGUGAUCGUCAGCGACAAAAUAGAGUUACCAUUCGAGGACGAGCUCGACUACUCCGAGUUUAGCCUCUUCUUCUCGGUGGACGAGGCGGUCAGGCCGGGAUUCCUCCUCGGGGCCCUGGAAAAGUUCUCGAAGAGAAGGUGGAUGAAAAUGUGGAGGCGGCUCAAGCAAGUCACCAGGCACUUUGAGUAUCAACACCCCUCUCAAAGGGACGAUGCUGUCAACAUGCUGUGGAGCCAGAUCCACAAGAAAGUUCCGGCGAUGAAGCUAGCAAUGCACAGAGCCAAACGACUUAAGAUCCAAGACUGGUGGAAGUGUAAAAGGUUAUAAUACCAACCAGAGAAACUUACACAGAACGUCGUAAGGACAGGAA